AUGGCUCGGGCUGCGAUCGAACGGAUCGAGUCGAUAGUCCCUGACGCGAUUUACUCCUCCAAGGUCAUGGGCAUCUUUCAGUCGACGUGUCACGGAGUCGCCUCUGCGAGUGCUGCCAGGCGUCGAGGGAAGGAGGCCGAUGCCGACCGCGCCGCCGCCUUCGAAGUGAAGCGCGACGAGGCCAAGCACAGGGCCCGCAUGCAGGAGCUCGAGCUGCAGCGCGAGCAGUUCGGGAAGCCGCUGCCCAAGUCCUUUGAGGACCGCAACGACUGGGCCGAGUACGACCGCCCCUUCUCCGAGACGGAAAACGAGAUGCGCGAGGACAUGAUGGAGGCUUCGCAGCGGUCGAGGCCUCCCAACCAGAAGCCGCCCAGGAUACGCUGGAUCUGGUACCGCCACCCGAGUUGCGGGGGAAGCCGGUGGUCCAGCCGGCCUCCAAAGUGGUACCCAGUCAACUGGAAGAUGCGCCCUGAGCGAAAGCUGCGCAUGGCAGGCGUCGGCGUCCCCGGCGGUGGCGGCGACCGCGGCACGCCGCGUGGGGGCCUGCAGAGGUUCUGGAAGCAGGGCGGCUGGCAGCCAAGUGCGCGCUAG